GCAUGAAGUGGUUUACAGGGGACCGCUGUUUUCAUUCUCUUCUUGAGAGUACUCUAAUAAAUUUAGUACGAGCUGUCGGCCUUCUCCAUUGAUCGUAUUUCUGGGCACUGUACAUUUAUAUUGAAGUCUGAUAAUAGAACAACUCAAAUUGCAUGCCGAUGUCAAGUGAAAUCUUUCCACCAACAUAUUUGAGUACUUGAUGAUUCAUUCGGUUUAUUUCGUC